GUUCUGCGCAGUCUCCGAACAUGAUUUCGUAGGUGUUACGUUACGUGAACGUAGUCACCGUUUUCAGGAAGACAACAAACACGAAAUUGCGAGUGACUUGGGUUAUGUUUAUGGAUCGGAUAAUGAAGACUGAAGUCAACAACAAGCAGACUUACGUUCGAUAAGUGUAAAUAGUGGUGAGUGUGAAAUGGUGAAACUAUCCAACAGCAAAGCAAUUGUUUGAAAUGCUGAAGUGGGAGCUGCCCUUAGAAUAAGAGGGAUGGCUGAAGCUGUGAGACCAAAAAAAAAGAAGACUAAGCAAACUGGGAAGUCUCAGGGUAAAAAGCAGGAGCAAUGUGAAGGUGUAAACCAAGCAGGGAGGCAUGGUCCUAUACAUUGUGAAAAGGAUAAGCCUCUUCUGUCUUUACAUGAAGAUGGUGAGUUGUUGGAUCCUACAUUUAGACAGAUGACCACCUCUCAGUCCAGUGCCCUUAGCCUCUCUACUGAAUGGCCAACGGCAGAGCAGAAGCAUCCAGCAUUUACUGCACAUACACAAAUGGAGAAAGACCGAUUUACAAGUGCAGAAAAUGUGGAAGAUGAGACAACAUGGGACUGUAUCAACAAAAUGGAUGCAAAGCAGUCUAAGGACAGCACAGGAGGCUGCCAGUUGUUUGACAAUGAUUUGCUCAGUAUUCAUCACAAGUUGACUGAACUGAAUUGUGACAAAAAAGCUUUGAAUUGUGGAUUAAACCCACUGGAAAACAGUAUUCCAAUCUUGUAUCCUCAAAGUAAUGCCUCUGCCACUGCACAGAUAAUAGAACCACAGUUGUUUUCAGUAAAGGAUCAGAAUCCCAUUGGUUCUGAAUUGAAUGAAACAUCAAACGUUCAGGACAAGAUGUCUGAAGUAUUGUGUAACCUUGAGGAAAAAGCCCCAGCUGUGCUUCCCUUGGCAGAUGAAGAAUCAUCAGUUUCCAGUCUAGUGCCAAUACAUUCUAUAAAGCUGGAACUGGGAAAGGUUCAGAAGAUAUACCCAGAACUAUCAGAGCUGUACUCAGACCCACAAGAAUUAAGAGGAGAGCAGUUGAAAAUGUGGGAUCCUGCAUCUUUGCUUAAGCACGUUGAGGUCCAUGCGGCUGAAUUUGAAGUCAUAGCCCACCAAGAGGGGCACGAGUUGCAUGAGUUGCUUCAGCAGUAUUGGCGGUCUUGUCACCAGCUGAGCCAGUCCCAAGCUAAACUCCAGGCCGCCAACUCGGAGUGCAAGAGCACUCAGAAUCGGCUGUGGAGUUUCAGAGAUGAGCAGCUCACGCUACAGGGUGUAUGUGCAGACCAGGCCAAGGUUUGUGGAUACCACAGAUUCCAGCAGGCUGGGCUGAAUGAAACUGUGUUGGCAGAAUUGCAACAUCAUUUUAAAACCAAGACAGACCUGGUGCACCAAACAGUUGCAAUGCACACAUACACAACCAUGCUAUCACACCUUCAGGUGGACUCUUACCUUUACUAUAUGCUCAGAAAGAAUCCAGUAACCAUGAACGUAGUUGUGGAUGAAUCUGUUACUGAUUGCCCAGACUUGAUGGCCCAGCCUUCUAGUUUACAUCCACUUAAGACAUGCAUCAGCAUACUCUUCAGCUUCACUCGCAGAAUCCUUGAGGACAAACAAUUCCAGGAUGACGUCCACAUGUGGCUCCAGAAAUUGGUAUCGGUCUUGCACCGUGUUGGCUCAUCUGGGGACCACCUGUAUCUUCUUAAUCAUCUUCUCUGCUGCCCCUCUGGAGUGGGAGAAUGGGCAGUGUCUUUCCUCCAGGUGAAAGUGCUGGAUGAUCCAUCUGGAAUGAAUCACUUUAUGCAGGCACUGGCUAUACUGAUGUCACCAGUUAGGAACCGAGCUGAUUUUCUGUGUCAUCUGAGGAACUGUGAUAGCAAGACCAGUUCCAGCAGCAAUUCUGAUCGAGGACCAGGAUCGGGAAAUUGGACCCUGGUAGAUGAGGGUGGAGAGGAGGAAGAAGACCCUGAGACAAGCUGGCUGCUUUUGUCAGAGGAUGACCUCAUUUCCUUUUUUUCUCAGUUUCCUUUUGAUGAGCUUUUCAAGAAUUUAUUAGGACUCACAGUGAAAGGUGAAUAUGACCCCAAGGCUAAAACCAGCCAAGAGAUUAUGAAAGUCUUUGAUUUCACCUCAUGUCUUUUGGAGGUUUUGGCUUUUGGCUUGCAGACAUAUAAUAGAGCCCGAUACAGGAGAUUCGUGAAGCGCAUUGGAUAUACAAUCAGGUUGGCUCUUUGCUAUGUCAGUGACCACUGGGCUCAGUACAAGAGCUUAAAAGGUGCCAACAAAUCCGUGGCUCUGCUGCAGUCCAUGGAUAAACUGCAAGAGGAGUUUGACCUGCUCUUCUUCGGGGCUGUGCUGCAUGUCUUAAGGGCCAAGAGACUGGGAAUCUGGCUGUUUAUGUCAGAGAUGCCCUAUGGAACCCUCUCUAGUGCCAUGCUUUGGAAAAUCUACUACAUCAUGCAGCGUGCGGAGACUGAAGAUCUGGAAGGGCUUUGCUCAAAUCUAAGCAUCGGCCCUUGUGCCAAAGUUACAGAAUCUGAGAACCAGGACAAGUUUGAGUGCUGGCUGUCAGAGAUGAACAGCUCUGAUGGGAUAUGUCUGCUGACCACGCUCGCACGCAUGGCCGAACCCAAUCACAGCAAUGUAGAUCCUGAGUUUGUCAGCACUGUAGUGCUAAAAAUAUAUAAGGUGUCAUAUGUCAGUAUGACCACAAGAGAGAAUUUCUCCAAGGUUGGACGUGAGCUGCUAUCCUCGAUAGCCACAUCUCACCCUCACAUUAUCUCUGUGCUGUUGGAACGACUCCAGGAGACCAUUGACAAAGUGGGCAUGGUGUCUUUGUAUCUGUUCAAAGAGCUGCCCCUCCACUUAUGGAAGCCUGCAACUUAUGACAUGAGGAUCCUUCACAGCUGGCUCCUGGACUACAGCCUCAUAACUGUGGAGAACAAGCUUGCAUGCAUCAUUCUUGAAAGACUCAACUGGAGCUUCUGUCAGGAUGGCUCCCUAGUCUUGGAACCUGCACUACACACUGAAGUGUCAUUGCUGGUGGUUGAGGCCUAUCAGAAACAUCUCACUGAUAAACCCUAUGAAGGGAUUGUCUCAGAAGGCAUCAAGCAGGUAUCUUACCUCGCCAACGUUGUCCGCCUUGGCCGCACCCCUGAAGCCUCUUUCAGUAAUUGGGCGUGGGAUUUAGUGCUGCGUCUGAAGCUCCAUAUGACUGAGCGCUGCCCCCAGCACACAUGGACCCCAGCAUCUCCUAGCAGCACUCUGAUCCCACAGCUCUCUGAUUCACCUAUCAUGUACCCUAUACUCAAAGCAGUGAAGACUGGACUCCCAAUCGGCUGCUUUCUAGCCAUUGCCGUAACCACCAUUGGACACAGCUUGGAGAAAUUCUGCAGUGAGGGUCUUGACUUGCUGUGGACGCUGGUAAACUCCCGGCAACUCAGAGCUGUGGUGCAGAUUCUGGAGAACUUUCUUCCCCUGGCGUACUCCUACCCAUUCUACCUGCUCAAAAAUGAACAAUUCCUGAGGUGUAUCCGGCUGUUCUUCCAACUGGAAAGUGGUACUCCACAGGGAAUGGCCCAGCAAGUCACUCAGAAGGUGGCUCAGCAUCUCACAAGGUCAUCCUAUGGAGAAAAUGUCAAACUCCUUAACAGCAUUAUACAGGCUCAUGUCUCUGAGGGUUGCAAGGCUGGUCGAGUUGGGCCAGCUGCAGUGCUGGAGUUCUGGGUCCAGAUGUUGACUGGUCAGGAUUUUUGGUAUCGAGAAAAGCCUAUUCUUUUUCUGAUGGACCAUCUGUGUCAGGCUGCUGUUUUGCACAAACAGGAAGAGUGUAUACAGAAACUUCUGUACCAGCAGCACAAGAGGCUCUUAGGCUUCCAUGGAGACCGAGGUCUGUGGUCCUCCCUUGUGAGUUGGUUUGUGGCUGGAAAUGUCACACCCUCCUUCAUUGAAGGACAUGCACUCACAGAUGAGGUGUGGUUUGCCUGGUUGACCUUGAACAUGGAAGCUAUCUUUGAGGAGGAUUCUCAGCUGCGUCUCUGCAUAGAACAUGAGUUGCUGUCAAACCCCACCAUCUCUUCUGAGCAGGCUCUCAAGAAAGCUCAAGCUCGCCUGAAGCUUCCUGUGGUGCCUUCCUUGGAAAGGAUGAUGGUGUACCGAUGGACACAUCAAGCCUUAGCCACCUCAGCUGACCAUCCACUGCUCCCACUAGUGUGGCAGAAGUUCCUGCAGCUGUACCUACGCCAGCCAGGGCCUGAGUUUGGGUUGGAAACCAAAGGUUGCAUUGGGAGACGUUUCUUUCAGAGUUCAGCACAUACUGCUCUUCUUAAAGAGCUGAAGCAGAGACUCAUCCAGGUGUCAGAUUUCCACCAUGCUGCUAGCAAGGCCCUAAAAAUACCACCUGCCACCAGUGAAGAAGACCCUCCCUUGCUAUAUCCAUGUCCGCAAUAUAUUACCUCCCCUGAACUACACACUGAAUUAGUUCGCCUUUUUAGUGUGUUUAUGGUUUGGUUAGAAGAUGAAAAUCUUCAACAACAGGAAGUAUAUUUGCCUUCAUUACCCAAACAGCACGAUCCACACCGGUUGGCCAAAAUCAUGCACAAUCAGCAGGAGCUCUGGAUGGAGUUUGUAGAUAUGGAACGUGUUCAGCAUGAAGUUAGGGAAACAGUACAGCUUUGCAAAAAAGUCAGGGCAGAACCAUCACUCUUGCAGAAUGAUAGCAACUCUGUUUUCACAGAUUUCUUCAGUCCUCAAGCUGCACAAGAGCGCAUCCUGAUGAACCUGAGAAAGCACGUGCGACCCCAGCCUGCCCUCGAACUGGCACCUAUGAGACCCCCUGUUCCAAACAUUGCACCCUGUUGCCUUUCUGAUGAGAAUUUGUCCUCCAAGUUGCUCCAAGAAGACCUUAAGAAACUACAGCACCAAGCAAAACUGGCGGUGCUGCGUGAAACCCAGCAGGUAGCUCUGCACAGUGAGCUCUUGGAAAGUCUUCCUCAGCUGCACAGUAACCACGAGGAGCAGAUCACCAUGCGAUUGGAGUGCAAGGGCAGUGGGGGCCGUCCCUGUCAGGGCCCCGCCCUCAUCACGGUCAUGUUUGAGGUCAUGCGCAAGUCGGAGCCAGUGUAUAAUCAGAUUCAGUCCCUCAACAGUGACGUCAGACAGCUGCAGAUAGAAGCCACCAAGCGCCCCCCCCAGUGUGUGGUGGAGGCUGCAGUGCAUGUGGAGUGCUUUAUCACGGCUCUUGUCAAUGGCUUCAAAGCGAUGCCCACCUCUGCCAUACGGAAUGUGGGUGUUGCAGCCUUCUACCAUUUGGUGUCCUUUGUCUGUGAGGACACCCAGCGGUACCCCCCCACGCGCCAGUUCUUCUCCUCCUGCAUUGAGGUCCUUGGACAGGUUUUCAUUCAAGGUGUCCAAUCAGAAUGCAGGCGCUUACUAAAGACCGUUCUGCUGAACCGGCAUCUCUGUACCCUGCUGUCCCCUUACUUCACCCCCAAUGCGUCCCCUGGGGAGCUGGUGGACAUGUAUGGGGAAGUUGUGGGAGCUCUUCACACUGACAGUGGAGAUAUCACCUUUAUGCUACUCACUAAGUUCGACAUGAGCCAGUGGUUCAUCGCAGCCCAGCCAUCGUUCAGUGACCGUAGCCGCCUGGUAGAGCAUGUACAUUUGGCUCUGUCUUUCUGUGGAAUGGAACCUGAAUCUGAGGUCCUCAUGCCCUUCAACCUCUUUUGUAAGCACUGGGCACAGCUACUCUGCUACCAGUUCCCAGAUCACUACAGUGACUGUCUGCGCCUUCUAAUACAAAGCUGCUCUGAGCAACUUCUUAGUCCAGAGUGUUGGAGAAGUUUUCUUCAAGUUCUUGGCUGUUCUCCCAAGAUGAAGGCAUCAACAAUCCUAGGGUCUGCUCUGGCUCUGGACUCCAUCUCGCUCUCACCUCAGCAGGUUGAUGAGACAAUUGAGUGGCUGUCCAGUUUUUUCAUGAAGCUCCGCCUGUCUAACCCAGAUUUCCAUAGUUUUGGCCUUUACUGCAAAUGGAGUCCUUACAUUGAGGAAAUCAAGAUAUUCUUGGCAUAUUUAGUUAACUACAUCGUAGAUAUGAAAGUUAUAGAAUGUGCUAAGGAGCCUCCUGGCAGCAACACAGUUGUUAAAGCUGUUUUAGACCUGGACACAAAGAUCCUAGCCCUUUUUAAGCCCUGGAUUCUAGUUGAAGAGUCAAGUGAUGCUGGACAACGCUGUUUCCCCUGGCUGGAGACAGACAACAAUGCAGCAGCCAAACUGGUAGACCUGUACACCCAGCUUACUUGCUCCUUACACGAGAAAUUUCAAAGCCUGCUACAGUCCAAACACAGGGAUGCCCUGUGGCUUCAUCUCAUGCACUACUGUGAUACCUGCUCUGCUCCCAAGACUCCAGAGUAUCUUCUGUCCACUUACCACUCCACGUACAGGAGUUUACCUUGGAGGGAGCUUUACCCUGAUCAGACCCUUAUGAACAAAUUCUUCAAUGUGGAAAGGGGCAGUCCGAAAAGCUGCUUUCUCUUCCUUGGUGAGGUGCUCUGUGAGGUCAACUGGGUCAGUGUGCUGAAAGAUGCCUUGGGUCCCCAGCCCAGUCCUGCAGACCAGUCUAUGGUCAUAUACCUCUUUUAUAUGAUGGUCUUCUUGGCCAAAGAGGAACAUCUGCUUCUCAUGCCGGAAUCCCCUCUCUUGAAUCUGCUGGGGCAGUCCAGCUUCUUCCCUUGGUACUUUGUGGAUUUUUCCUCCUACCAGAAUGUAAUUGGUUAUGUUGAUACGCAUUAUUCACCAACACUCAUCCUGAGCAAGAAUGACUCCUCAGAGCAGAUUUUCAGUUUGCUUCAGAUGGCGGCAGGUUUUGGCUCAAAUGGGUCACAGUACAAGGACAUCACCUUGAAGUGCCAAUCCUACAUUCGUCUGAUGGUAAAGUUUUUGACCUCUUUGGAUCAGAAUGGAAAAGUCAGUCUUAUUUCUAUGGAACAGGAAUUUGAAAAGCUUUUAGAGUGCAUUGUGCUCUUCAGUCCACCAGAGACUGAUCAGCAGCAAAGACACAUGGCCAUAUCCAGCUUGUUUGCAGAGCUGCUGACACUGCUGAACAGCACAGACAUAUCUACAGCAGAGGGUCUGGCAGCCAGAGUGCAGAGUUGGGUGGUGAAACGGGCCAACUCCCACCUCGCACUGGCACUACUCACAGCUUCUUGCUAUUCUCUGGCUUCUGUGCGGCACAUGACUCAUACGACUGAAACCUGCAUUUUGGCCUAUUUUGCUGACAUGAGUCCUACAAAUCAUUUCUCUGGUUGGGGGCCCAUUCUGGCCUCCAUGAAGGUCCCUGAACUAACUGUGAAGGAGUUUAUCAAGGAAAGCCUGGCAAUGGGUAGCUUGCUCACCCUCCAUGUCUACAUUCUGCAGAAGCUUAACCUCGAACAAACAUCAUCCAAUGAGCAAAAGACUUUGGCUUUGCUCAACACAUGGAUCAACCAGGUCUUUCCCAGUGGUCCUGCUGAUGAGGCAAAGUUGUUUUUGUGGUGGCACAAGGCCCUUCAGUUAACUCUGCUGCAGCUGGAUAAGGUCCAGGCACUAGGCCUGGAAUCCCUCCUGCUUAGCCUGCAAAACAGAAUGGCCCAACUUAGUGAUGAACGGCUCAGCUCGGGUUUGUUGGGGGCUAUCGGUCUGGGUAGAAAGUCACCACUCUCUAGCAGGUUCCGGGUCGUGGCUCGCAGCAUGUCUGCUUUCCUGCUGAGCCAGGUGUCUUCAAACAGCCAGGUGCGCAACACUCCUGAAAUGGACCUCGAAAUGUCUGCCAAAGCUCAGCAGGCACUGGCAGCCUUGGAGACCAUGUCUGAAAGUAAGCAGUAUUCAGAGUUCAAGCUGACUUUAGAUCAGACGUGUCAGUUUAUUAGGUACCGAGGACACUGUCUGCAAGACUGGAGCCACUUGUUUGCCCUCCUUAUUAACUCGCUAUAUGUCGACAUCCACUUCCUGGACAUUCUGCGAGACUGAGACUAUCCCAAGUGUCUGAUUGCGCUCUGAAUAACAAAAUCACAUAAUACCCUGUGAUAAUGGCAGUUACCAUUCCCCAUGUUGAAUGCAAGAAAAGGUUUUUCAAGGUUGUGUGAUUCCGAUACAAGGCUUCAUGUGUUUGUGGGUCUUGUUGAUUUUUGCAUGAGUUUCUCUCUCAAAUCAUCUGUGUACAUCAAGUCCUUGAAAAUGUGAGGCUGUGUCAGACUAUAAAAAUUGUAUGAAACUACUUUUGUGCACUAUUGCGGAUCUAUUUAUGUGUAUUUAGAAAUGCGGAGAAAAUUUGUUGCAUUCAUUUGAUGGAUACUGAUGGAGAUGUACAUUAAAACUUGUUAUAACUCCUA